AUGAAUAAGUUGGCAAACAUGCGUCACUGGUCGGAAAGAAUGGCACCCAAUUUCGGAAUGGGCCGUCCCAAUAUGCCUAUGAAUGCCCUCAAUCAUCCCAAGAACGCCGUUCAACCCGGCCAGUCCAUGGCUUCCCCUCAAGCCGCCGAUGCUACGAUUCUUUACUCGUUCAAUAUCCCAUUUGCUUCCGAUCUCGCGGGCCCCGAUACCGAAGAUAUCCUUCACGCGACCACAGACGCUGUCCUGCGAUGGACGCACCCCGAGGACGCGCCGGACGACGUCCAGAUCCACAAGCUGCCGGUUCACGUUCAGAAUCUUAACAAUCUGCACCGGAUGUGCCAGGAGAUUACCAACGGACCGCUACCCGUUGAGGCCUACGUUCUAUCGACAAUGCCUAAGAACGGCAAAGGCCAGCAGGUCGCUACUGUCUGUCUCUCAGGCUCUCCAGAGCUGGUCCAUAAGAGCCGAGAGACUAUUUUGAAUGAUACCCCCAUUUCCCUUCGUUGUACCACAAUUGACAUUGAUGGUCAACUGGUUUGCGAUCUCAAUGCUGGUGUGCUCAAGAAGCCUGUUACUGAUACCCUUGAUUACAUUUCGAGCUUCUGCGGCGUCGAUAUCUUUCUUCUUGGUCCCAAACUGACCCCUGUUGUCGAUGGUAUGACUGGUGAUGCCGAACUACGCAUGGAUCAGCGUUGGAGAGUUGCUAUCUACGGUGAUAUUUUGUCCUCUGAGCACGCAAAGGCGCGCGUCUUGAUUCACAUUGACACUCUGCUCAAUCGUAUUGUUGACGGUACUCAGCUUGAUGUUUCCUGCCACCAACUUGUUUGUGGCCGACAUCGUAAGAACAUCAAGCUCAUUGAGUCUUCAACCGGAACUGCCAUCUACUUCCCGCCUCCAUUCUCGACGAUGUAUCGCUACUGUCCUCCCAAGGCGACACGUCGGGAUCCGAACGACAUCUUCAUCACUGGUGAAACUCCCCAGGCUAUCGAAAUGGCCAAGCAGAAACUUCACGAGACUGUCCAACGCAUCCGGCUUUAUGUGAAGGACGUAACCAUCCCGGCUGCUAAAAUCGACAGUAUCUUGCUCGGUCGCUUGGACAAGGUUCGCAAGAUUCUUGAAGCAAACGGUACAUUCAUCUUGUUCCCUCCCUUGGCUAGUCAGCGCAACAUGGUUAGAGUCCAAGGCAGUGAAGGUCUUCACGUUGAGCGAACCGUGCGGGAGAUUAUGUCGUUAGCUGGCCAGUUCUACAGUGCAGGCUGGUUCAUCCAGCAUGCCGAUGCCAGACAGUUUCCCAACCCUAAUGACGUCAAGAGCAUGCUUGUAGAUAUCUGCGCUAACUCUGAUGCUGAUCUCUGCUUCGACAAGCUUAACUUCACUAUUACUGGCUCUGAUGAUGCAGUUAAAUCUGCUCUUCAAGUUAUCUCGGAGAUGAAGUUUGCUUCGCAGUCUCAGUAUCAGAUCCGUGUCAAGAUCGAGCUUGCCAACGAGCAUAAAGAAUUUGUCAGUGGCAAGAAGAACGGUAAAAUCAACAAAAUAAUGGGACAGAGUAAUGUCCAGAUUAUCUUCGAUGGUUUCAACGAGUACAACUUCAACAUUGAUGUCAUGGCUGCAACCUAUGAGUCUAUGAAGCAAGGCCUUACACUCGUAGAGCAAGAAAUGCCGGCAUCUAUCUCUUUCCACGUGCCUGAUCAGUACCACAAGCGCAUCAUCGGUAUUGGUGGACAGCAUAUCCAGCGUAUCAUGAAGAAGCACUCGGUCUUCGUCAAAUUCUCCAAUGCUAUGGAUAGGGGAGGUAUGGGACGAGAAGACGAUGACAUCAAGGUUGAUAACGUUAUUUGUCGCACACCGGCUCGCAACGCGCAGAACUUGGACGCUGUCAAGAACGAAAUUUUGGAGAUGGUCGAUCGCGCUGAUUCUGAGUACACAUCUCAGAUUGUCAGUGUUGACCGCCUCUAUCAUCGCCAGCUUAUUGCCAGACUCCCGGAGAUCGAUGAUCUAGAACAGAAAUACAACUGCAAGAUCAACUUCCCCAGCACUGAGCAGGCCAGUGAUGAGGUAACUGUUAAUGGCCCUCAGUGGCAGGUCCCCCAUUGUGUCGAUGAGUUCCUAGGCAUGGUCCCUGAUAAGCAUGAGCUUGUUCUUGCCAGGACCCCUGAGCUUGUCAAAUUCCUUGAAUCCGCUGAGUUUACCCAUGACCUUGUGCCCAAGCUGAAGAGCCAGCAUGAGGUUGAGCUCAGCGCUCGCCAGAACCCUGACGAACUUACCGAGAAUGGCGAACCUACGAUCACUCUGCUAUGGGGCUUCACCCGUAACAAUGCUGGCGGUCUCCGUGAUGCUAUGGACUUCAUUCAAUCUCAAUUCGCAACUUCGGGGGCGGAGAUCAACGUUGUCAAAGGUGCUCUCCCUCGUCCCAAGUCGGACUCAUUCGAAGACUCCCUGCAGUAUUUCGACUCCAAGCUUCUGCAGCACGCUCCUGCGCCUAUUGCUGCUGACUCUCCCAUCAAAGCUGGAUUCGGUGAUGAAGUCGCUCGUGAGCGAAGCAGCAUCCUUGAUCGUCUCCGAAAGCCUGGCAGCAUGACAUCAAUUUCAUCAUUCUUGGACCGCAGAAAGAACAGCUCUCACUCUGGUAACAGCAACUUUUUCAAGGGUUCGAGCAACGUCUCCAAGUCGUCGCUCAUCUCGAUUGAAUCGACCCGCAGCUUCAAUGCUGACCGAAACCCAUGGAACGACAGCGGAGUAAACCUCCCUGACGAUGACAACCCUUGGGCCCCCCGAACCUUCGGUACUCACAUGGACAACAAGUUGUCUAUUCCUCAACCUGGCGAUCUCACUCCUCGUCACAGCACCCGCGCUUCCGGCGACAGCGGGCGCCCUUCCACUUCACAUUCUAUGAAUUCAGGAUACCCCGCCCCUAUUGGGCCUUUCCGUUAG